AUGCCAGAUUUAUCGACAGUCGAGUCUUCUGCGAAGAAAGUGAGUCAACAGGCAGUGACUUUGAGAUCAGCAAAGAAAUGCAUUUGUUCUCCUUUAACGUACUUUGCCAUCCAGUAUUCCACUCAGUUUAUCAAUGAUGCUGACAUUCCGAUAAAGAUUGUUUCAGGUGAAGUCGGCCAGAGUCGGGGGAACCAAUUUCAAUUUGAGCGAAACCUUCCACCUCGCUCAUCGCAUCACCAGACGACUUAUUCCGGCUUUUCUACUGGUGGGUACAUAGUUCUGUACUUAAACGGCAAUAUGUUGGGCUCUGAUUCAGAGAAUACCAGAGUUAUCGAAUUUGCAGUGUCAACCAUAUUUGAUGGAAAAAGUAUACUAAAUAAAAUUGGCAUGACAGACGAAACUGAUGCAGAGUUUUUGCGAGGUCAGAAUGCUUACGACAAGAGGUCUGCAGACAAUGUAACUCUGUACUUUUCUGAAAAUGAAAGAUAUUUCAUUGCCAAAGCUGAGACUUUUGUAUGUUGGCCCAAUCGCACUUUUCGAUUCAUCAUUCAAGACUUUGACCCAGAAGCUGUUGGAGAUGGAAAACAUUAG